CGGAACUAAAUAUAAGUUGCACACGGAACAGGCAUGGCGUCCUUCACAUAGAUACAUAAGUGACGGACCUGUAUCUGUUUGCCCUCUGUGUCUAUCUUAAGUUAUUUUUUUUAUGUAGUUGUUGAAAUAUUCUUCACAAUGGCGACCAGGACCGUCUGUCAAGUGCUCCAGCGCCGCUUUGCCUCUGCCGCAGCGUCUGUGCGUCCACCGGCGGCUGAGGUCCGCAGCCAGCGCAGCGCCAUCUUCUCCAGAGAGCAGGACAGACAGAGGACCCUGUACCCUCGCGUCGAGAAGAUAGAGGUGUCCGUGCAGGGCCCGGGGCUGGACGGCACACUGCUCAUCAUGAACAAAGGGAUGUCCACUCCACUGAGCUGUGCCAGACACCUGACGGAGCAUCAUGUGAAAAGCUCGGCGCUGGCCCUGGUGGACGGGGAGCCGUGGCCCCUCCACCAGCCGCUCACCCACUCCUGCUCCCUCACUCUACUCACAUUUAAAGACGAUGACCCAACGCUGGUCAACCAGGCUUACUGGCGUUCCUGUGUGGCCUUGUUGGGCCAGGUGCUGGAGUCUGCAUUCAAGGAUGACUUCACUGUGGAGCUGCUGAACACACCGGAGGUGCCAGUCACAUCAGGAGCCUUCUGCUGCGACGUGGUCCUCGACCCUCAGCUGGACUCAUGGACUCCUUCUGAGGAGUCGUUGCGGUCUCUGACCCGAGGGGCCCAGCAGCUGAUCCACCAGGACCUGGCUUGGGAGCCUCUAGAGGUGGCGCCCUCUGUGGCGCUGGAGGUCUUCUCACACAGCAGGAUUAAACAGGAAGAGGUGGAAGAGAAGGCAGCACAAAAUGCCAGAGGGAAAGUGAUGCUCUACAGAUGUGGUGAUCAUGUGCUUCUAAGUGGGAAUCCCCUAGUGGCCAGGACAGGCCUGUGCUCUCAGUACGAGGUGACGGCCCUCCACAGUCUGGGACAGGGACCGUUGGGCCUCCACCGUCGAGCACAGGGCCUCUCUCUGCCUCUGCAGCUGCAGGCUCAUCACACAGUCUGGAGGAAACUGAGGCAGCGGGCAGAGAAACUGGUUGAGUUGUCAGGACCUGAAGAAGCAGCUCCACCCUCCCAACUCUCGCCCGCCUCUGACCAGCCUGUAAAGACCCCUGUGUAACCUUCCACACACACAUACACACAACAUGUAUCUGACUGUACCCUUUGUUCAAUAAAUGUGUAAAAAAACAAAAAAAAACUAUAUGACAAAUCA